CCUGCGGAUCAGAGAGUAUAACCGUGACGUCAUACACAGGCGCCAUCUUCUCAUAGUCCCGUAGUGUACUCAGGAAGUACAGGCGCCGCAUAUAUGUCGUAAUGGUUCGUUCUAUUGCCUGAUUCCCUUUCCUCCUGGCAGCGCCCAUCUCAUCCUCCAGACACUCCAACUGUGAGGAUCUUCUGUAUUCUUACUGCGUCACUGACGAUGGACACGGAAAGGAGUCACAGGACUGAGAGGAUAAUAAAUAUCACCCUGGAGAUCAUCUACCUGCUGACUGGGGAGGAUUACACAGUAGUGAAGAAGACAUCUGGUGAGCAUGAGACACCCAGCAGCCGUCCCCGUGUGUCAGGAGGACUGAGCAGGACCCAGAGCCCAAUCACGGUGCCUCCACCUCACUCACUGAUAAAUGAGAGGCACAGUGACCAGAAGAUCCUGGAACUCACCAACAAGAUCAUUCAGCUGCUGACUGGAGAGGAGGGGGAGUAUAUAGAGGAACAGAGGGGUCUGUACAAGGACGUGAUGAUGGAGAACCACCGGCCCCUGGAUGGGCCCAGUAACAGAGAUACCCCAGAGAGAUGUCCCCGUCCUCUGUAUUCCCAGGAUUGUACAGAGGAGAAUCACAGGAUCCCACAGGAGGAUCAGGUAGAACGUCUGUCUGAUAUUAAAAUAGAAGAUAUAGAGGGAGAAGAAGAGACGUAUGUGACUGAUAUAAAGGCAGAAGAUAUAGAGGGAGAAGAAGAGACGUACGUGAGGGGUGAUCAGCAGUGUAAGGAGGAGGAGAUCCCUACAGAUAUCAGCACAGCAGUUGGAGACCUCAACAGGACUACCUCAGAGGAACGUCUCCGUCUCCCUUCAGAUGUUGAAAUGGAAGAUAACCUUACACGAGAUGCUCAAGGACAAAACUCUAUUACUCCAUCUGAUCCCACUUCUCAUGGGGAAUGUUCUCCUGAUCACUCUGAUAUUAGUACGUCUGUUGUAGCUCUUGGAGUAGAUAAGGCAUUUCCCUCUUCUAGAGAUCUCAAACAUUUUACAGAGAUCACAAAGCCUAAUAUUCAUCAGCCAGCUAAGGCAAGUAAGAGACAAUAUAAAUGUUCUGAGUGUGGGAAUUAUUUUGCACGAAAAACACAUCUUCUUAUACAUCGGAGAAUUCACACAGGUGAGAAGCCACUUCCAUGUUCUGAGUGUGGGAAAUGUUUUGCACGUAAAUCAGAUCUUGUUACACAUGAGAGAAGUCACACAGUUGAGAAACUAUUUCCUUGUCCUGAGUGUGGGAAAUAUUUUAAACAGAAAUCAUAUCUUAUUGCACAUCAGAGAAUUCACACAGGUGAGAGACCAUUUCCAUGUAGUGAUUGUGGGAAAUGUUUUACACAUAAAUCCGAUCUUGUUAGACAUCAGAGAAGUCACACAGGUGAGAAACCAUUUCCAUGUUCUGAGUGUGAGAGAUGUUUUACACAGAUAUCAAGUCUAAUUAGACAUCAAAAAAAUCACACAGGUGAGAAACCUUUUUCAUGCUCUGAGUGUGGGAAAUGUUUUACACUGAAAUCAGAGCUUGUUACACAUCAGAGAACUCACACAGGUGAGAAGCCAUAUCUAUGCUCUGAGUGUGAGAAAUGCUUUACUCGAAAAGAACGUCUUAUGGCACAUCAGAGAAUUCACACAGGCGAGAAACCAUUUCCAUGUUCCGAGUGUGCAAAAUGUUUCAGGCAGAAAUCGGAUCUUACUGCACAUCAGAGAAUUCACACAGGUGAAAAACCGUAUUCAUGUUCUGAGUGUGGGAAUUACUUUGCACGGAAAACACAUCUUAUUCUACAUCAGAGAAUUCACACAGGUGAGAAACCAUUUCCAUGUUCUGAUUGUGGGAAAUGUUUUACUGACAAAUCAGCUGUUGUUAGGCAUGAGAGACGUCACACAGGUGAGAAGCCAUUUUCGUGUUCUGAGUGUGGGAAAAAUUUUACACAGAAAUCAUAUCUUGUUACACAUGAGAGAAGUCACACAGGUGAGAAUGCAUUUUCAUGUUCUGAGUGUGGGAAAAGUUUUACAUACAAAUCACAUCUUGUUAGGCAUGAGAGAAGUCAUACUGGGGAGAGACCAUUUCCAUGUUCUGAAUGUGGGAAAUGUUUUACAGAGAAAUCAAAUCUGGUUAAACAUCAGAUACAGCACACAGGUGAGCGGCUAUUUUCAUGUGCUGAGUGUGGGAAAUGUUUUACCCGAUCAUCAGAUCUUGUUAAACAUAAGAGAUGUCACACAGGUGAGAGGCCAUAUCCAUGCCCUGAGUGUGGGAAAUGUUUUACUCAGUCAUCAGAUCUUAAUAAACAUAAAAAAAUUCACAUAGGUGAGAAACCAUUUUCAUGCUCUGAGUGUGGGAAAUGUUUUAUACACAAAUCACAUCUUGUUACACAUCAGAGAUGCCACACAGGUGAGAAGCCAUUUUUGUGUUCUGAGUGCGGGAAAUGUUUUACCCAGUCGUCUGUUCUUGUUACACAUAAGAAAAUGCACACCAAUGGGACACUAUUUCCAUGUUCUGAGUGUGGGAAAUGUUUUACAUGUAAAGUAAAUCUUGAUAAACACCAAAAAACUCACAUUAAAAAAACUUCAAUGACAUAAGAAACAUCAAUACUUAAAUUAUUUUAUAUUAUUGUAAAUUUAUAAAACAGGCCUAAAUACACUGACAUAAUACGGCAAUUAAGUGAUAGAAUAGACUUAAACAAUGAAUUAAAACAUAAAUAGAAAUUUUAAAAUCAAUAUGAUGCCCAAAAGCAAUGCGUUUCACUGAUGCCACAUUGCUUGAGAAAGCAGACUGCAAAACGCGUUGCUCUCAGACACCACACAAUGAGAUUAUUGAUUUUAGAAAUCUUAUUUUUGUUUUAUUUUUUUAUUGUUUUAAGUGUUUUUUGAUCAUUCAGUUGCUAUUUAAUAAUAUACUAUGAAGUGUUUAGUGUAUGUUUGAUCUUCUGAUGCUCCUUUUUUCCAGUAAUAAUGCAAGUCCAUUCUAGGAGCACUUCAAUCCAGGACCCAACAAUGUAUAUAUUUAACAAUUUGUUCAUUAAUAUUCAGUUGUUAUUGAUGGGUUCGGUAUGGGAUAUCGGCGCAUCAGUACAAUGAUGUAUGAGAUUCGCCAUUUCUUCCGGUAUAAUGCAGCGCCAAAGAUAAUUUAUUUGCAUUUUCCCUCAGGAAUUUUGGGAGCUCCUACUCUUCCCCAAGUCUAUAGUCUUAUUUACCCACACGUACCCUUAAGGCACCAACCAUAUAGCCCAUGAUCACCACUGAAUUGUAGGCAACAAUGAGUAAAUGUAUAUUAAUGUUUUGUAUAUUACUUACUAUUCCCAGGCAUAGGUGGCGGUGUGUAUCCUCAAAUAAGAUGAGCAGGUCCUUUUUUGGGGGAAAUGUUUUGCAGUUUCCUUAUUCUUUUAUAUAUCUGUAUAACUCACCACAGUAAUAAUUAGAUCACAUUGUUAUAUAGGGUCUUAUGUUCUAUAAACUCUCAUCAAUGAUUUACACAGCAUUGACAAAUAUAUCCUUAAGUGCAUCCCCAUGGGCAGUAAAACUAAGAGUAUUAAAUUCAAUCUAAUGUGGCUAAACAAAAAGGUGAAGGAAGAAAUGGUUAAAAAGAGGCAAGCAUUCAAAGCUUUUAAAACAGACGGGAAUGUAACAAAAAAAUGCCAAAAGGAAAUCAGAGCAGCUAAAAUAGAAAACGAAAAGCAAAUCGCUAAGGAGAGCAAAACUAACCCUAAAAAAUUAUUUAAGUACAUAAAUGAUAAGAGGCUAAAAAGAGAGAAUAUAGGACCAUUAAAAAGCUAACUGGAAUUCCUGAUAAAUAAUGACAAAGAAAAGGCUGAAUUAUUGAACACAUUUUCAUCAGUGUUUACUAGAUAGGAACAGAUGGUGGUAUUAGUAACAAUAGUAUUGAUAAAGGCCCAUUGCUUAAUACUUUUCUGUCUAGUAAGUAGUCUGUGAGCGAUUAAAAAAAAUUAAGACUAUUAAAUCUCCUGGUCCAGAUGGACUUCAUCCUAGGGUUCUGAUGGAGCUAAAUGCUGAACUAGCAAGGCCACUGUAUUUGAUUUUCACGGAGUCACUUAGAUCAGGCAUGGUGCCAAAGGACUGGCGUAUAGCGGAUGUAGUCCCAAUAUUUAUAAAGGGUAUUAAACUUCAUCCUGGUAACUAUAGACCAGUUAGUCUGACAACAAUAGUGAGGAAACUAUUAGAAAUUAUACUAAGGGACAGUAUACAGGAUUACUUGGAGAACUCUCAUGCUAUUAAUAAGAACCAGCACGGUUUUGUGAGAAAUAGGUCAUGCCAAACUAAAUUGAUUAGCUUCUAUGAGAUAGUAAGCGACAAUCUCGACCAGGGUAACGCAGUAGAUGUGGUCUAUCUGGAUUUUGCAAAAGCUUUCAACACAGUGCCUCACCGGAGGCUGAUUUUCAAAUUAAGGGAGCUCGGUAUAGGAGGCAAUAUUUGUACAUGGGUGAGUAAUUGGCUUGAUAACAGGGAACAGCGAGUGGUGGUUAAUGGAAUGUUUCCACCUGGGAUAAAGUUAUCAGUGGAAUACCGCAGGGUUCUGUGCUGGGGCCACUAUUGUUUAAUAUAUUUAUUAGUGACUUAGGAGAAGGACUAGAAAGCACAGUGUAGAUUUUUGCAGACGAUACUAAAAUAUGCAGGGUAAUAAAGUCAGACGUGGAUGUGGAGUCUCUUCAGAGCGAUUUAUAUAAACUGGAAGCUUGGGCAAUGAAAUGGUGUAUGAGGUUUAAUGUGGAAAAAUGUAAAGUUAUGCACUUUGGGACUAAGAAUAAAUGGGCAACCUACCAAUUAAAUGGGGAAAAUAUAGGGGAAACUGUAUUAGAAAAGGAUUUGGGGGUGUUCAUUGAUAGUAGAUUUAGCGGCGACACACAAUGUCAAAGUGCAGCAACAAAGACAAAUAAGGUCUUAGCAUGCAUUAAAAGGGGAAUUUAUACUAGGGAUGAGAGUGUAAUCUUACCACUGUACAAAUCAUUGGUACGGCCGCAUCUUGAGUAUUGUGUACAGUCCUGGGCACCACACCAUAAAAGAGACAUGUUAGAACUUGAAAGGGUGAGCUACCAAACGGAUUAAAGGUUUGGAGACACUGGACUACGAGGUGAUGCUUUCGAGCUUAGGUAUAUUUACACUAGAAAUGAGACGACUAAGAGGAGAUAUGAUUAAUAUUUACAAGUAUAUAAAGGGGCAAUAUGCAGAGCUAUCGGAUGAUUUGUAAAUUAAGAGACCUUUACACAAAACCCGCGGACACCCGCUAAGGCUUGAGGAGAGGAAAUUCCAUACUCAGGAAGGGAUUCUUCACUGUAAGGGCAAUACGAAUAUGGAAUACACUGCCAGAGAAGGUUGUUAUGGCGGACUCAGUCAAUGAGUUUAGAAAUGGGUUAGAUACAUUUCUAACAGAAAAUAGAUAUACGAGGAUAUAGACUUUAACCAGAAUAGAAUAGGGAAUGCAUCAUAAUUCAGGUUGAACUUGAUGGACUACUGGUCUUUUUUUGACCUCACCAACUAUGUUACAGGUGUAAGGCCUGAUUGAGGCCUAAUGAAAUUUCUAGACAAUAUUAGAAAGCAUUGUGUGUGUGUGUGUGUGUGUGUGUAUACAAACAUAUAUAUAUUGGCAGGACAACAUGAUGCCACAUGAGGUUAAUGUGGAACGGCAGGGUUGGAGCAACAGCAACAGGUCUGAUGUAAGCCAGUCCGGGUUCUGGCUGAGUCUGUUGUAAGCGAAAGCUGGGCUAAUUACUACAACUUGUCUGCUACCUUUUACAAAUGUGUUUGUGCUGUUGGUCUUUGCUUCUGAUGGUGAACCUGUCGCCCAGACGACAGGACUGGGGUGUGGGGUUAUGUUAGGAGCAAUCUGGAAUUGAUAAACCAACUUGAUUGGGAAGACUGUACCCUGUUGUGCUGUGACUGCUGUUGCUGUUUUAAACUGCCUGUAAUACCUGACCUGCGAAACUGUGUAACCUGCCUAUGGUGGAAAAUAAAGUGAGUUGGACUUUA